UUGCACUUCCGGUACGUUUGUUGUUGCCAUUGACUUCGUUUAUAGAGAUUAUAAUAAGGGGCUAAUGUAUUUUUGAUGCCAUCUCAUUGCCAGUUGAAGAUGAGUGCUGAAGAAUCUAUGGGAACUCAGGUUGUUUUAAAGGAGGUGCAGACUGCAGUGUCCAAGAAGAAUCUACCCUCCCUAUUAAAGAGGCAGUUUAAAUCCCUAAGUGAUGAGGAUGGCCCCUGUGUAAGAAUAUUUCAAUGGAACAUUUUGGCGCAAGCCUUGAGUCAGGGUGAUGACAACUUCUGCCUCUGUCCAAUUGAAGCUCUGGAUUGGGACAAUCGUCACUUGCACAUCCUGGAAGAACUGCUCACCUACAAUGCCUCCGUGCUGUGUCUUCAGGAAGUGGACAGAUUCUCUUUUCUUGAGGAGAAACUGAAAUCUGUGGGAUAUAAGGGAGUAUUUUUCCCCAAACCGUACUCUCCGUGUCUCGACUGUGACAUCUCGUACGGACCCGAUGGAUGCGCAGUCUUCUGGAAAACUGAUGAGCUAGAUCUCCUCGACCAGGAGAACGUCGUCUUGCAGAAUCUGAUGGGACAUGCAACAAAUCAGGUCUCCAUCAUCUGCAAAUUUCAAACAAAGAAAGGAGGCAAGCAGUUUUAUGUUGCUGUGACCCAUCUGAAAGCAAAGAAUGGAUUUUCGGAUGUUCGAUAUGAACAGGGACAUUUUCUUAAUGCUACACUGGAGUCUAUGACUGGCAACCAUCCGGUGAUUGUCUGUGGAGAUUUCAAUGCUGAACAGACAGAGAAAGUCUAUGAAGUGUUCAAGACAAGUAAGGUGGGACUGGUCAGCUCCUAUGCCCAGCUGUCCGGGGAUGGGUCCGAGAUUCCCUUCACCACCUGGAAAGUCAGAGGAGGGAUUACCGGCAAGAAGGAACUGAGUCGGACAAUUGACUACGUGUGGUUCACGCCAAGCAAGAUAGGUCUGAAGUCUGUGUUGAUGAUGCCAACCGUCCACGAGAUUGGAGAAAACAGACUGCCAUCACACACAUAUCCGUCAGAUCACCUGUCACUAGUCUGUGACUUUGUAUUGAAGUAAUUGAUGAUUCCACUUAGGACAACUCUAGGAUAUUAGGCUUAGGGACGACCAUUUUCUUUUUUUUCGACAUAUUAAAAAAAUUAUACUUUUUCAUUCUUAAUACACUCUAAAUACCUUUUUUAUCCAGUUUUCGAAAAGUGAACGAGAUUAACAAUCAGCAUGAUUUUCUAGGGCUAGAUAAGCGUUGUCGUGGGGCUCUCGCCAUACAUAAAAUGGUCCGUCUCUGAUGUAAUGUACCUCAUUCCCUCACAUACAAUGACUAUUGACCAACACCUCUUGCUUGUGACAUGCCAUUUUUAUGGAUUACAGCUGAUUUUAUUUAUGUAUUUAUGAAUGUCAAAAUACCUGAAUCUAAUUGGUCAAUCAGGGGGGUGUCAAAAUCACAAUAACAUGCCUCUGAUUGGACAGCCUUUUUACUGCUUUAUAUUACCUAAUUUGAGGUAUAUAAAUUAGUCGGUACCAAACGCUUUUGAGUCUACAAGCACAAACCUGCUAUAUGGCAUUAUUUUCUGUAGACUUUAGAGUUAUUAUAUGGUCUUUUAUUAUUGUUUUUGGUUUAAAAAAAUAAAUUAUGUUUAAUGCAGCACUCAGUAAUGUUCCAGCUACUUGAAGGCAGACAAUAGUAGCUGAGAUUACAAGACUGGAGAGAAUGUUACUGUACUCAAGCUUGGAACUAGUGGCUUAAAUCGACCGAUGAAAUGAGGUUUUAUAUAUACUCCAGAUAUAUUCCAGAUUAAAAAUUUGUCAAAAUAUGUUUCAAAGCGUAAUCGCCAAUUUGAAAUUUCAGCCGUAAUGCACGAGAAAGCUGACAUCUUGUCAGUCCUUCCAUUGGUCGGUCAAAAUUCACCCAAGGUCGGUCCGAUGUGACCUGUAAUGGGAUGUCCUAAGAUCUUUGUUUAGCGAAGGCGAGAACUAAGAUCUGAUUAUAAUGAGAUUGAGGAAUUCCAAAACAGAUUCCCAGUUGUACCUCGUGAGAGGUCACACUAUGGGAGGUUCAGGACUUCAGACAGUCAUUGUGUUCACAAAUCUGAUAAUGUAUACUGGAAAGCUUGUCCUAUGGAUACAGGUUUGGUUUGGGUUUGAACAAGUGCCUGUAUCAGGGCCUAUAAAAGCGACUAUGUUUGUAGUAAGAGGCGACUAACAGGAUUGGGUGGUCAGGCUCGCUGACUUGGUUGAUGCAUGUCAACGGAUCCCAAUUCUGUGGAUCGAUGCUCAUGAUGUCAAUCACUGGAUUAUCUGGUCCAGACUCGAUUAUUUACAGACCGCCGUCAUAAAGCUGGAAUAUUCCUGAGUGUGGCAAUAAACAAAAAAACCCAAAAAAAACAGGGACUAUAAAAUUCUAUCACUGACAUGUCUAGGUUCAUCAUCUGAGGACAUCCAUUGCGGGUCGCAUCAGAAUCACCUUUUAUCUGACCAAUCAGAUUGUCGCUUACCAGAUUAGGAAGUUGACAGUAGUAAUGUGCUUUCUAAUCAUGCAACCUUGAAAAGUUAACACAGGGUAUUCCAAACAACAGUUAUGGGCUUUACGAUAGAAUCCGUCAAAAACAUAGUCUAUCUGUCGCUUCAACGGGACAAACAUUUGAACGGAGACUUUGCAUAGCCCAUUGGAAGUACUGCCAUAGCGUCUAGGCCUUCUAUUAGACUGUCCGGUAUGUUUUUUUGUUCAGUUUUCAAAUUUUGAAUCAGGAACGUCAAAAUAUUUUUUAAAGCGUAGUCGCCAGUUUGAAAGUAGUGCCGUUUAGCGGCAGCAAGAAUGAAGAUCUGAUUUUAAUGAGAUUGCUCAGGUUGAGUGAGAAUUAGCCUGAAUGUAUUUCUACAUGAGUUAAUGCUAUGGUAGAUAAAUGGACGGGGAGUCUGCAAACAGGAUAGGAGUAAUGUCAGCAGAACCAUCUUCAUCACCAUGUCAUCAAUGGCUUCAAUUUAAUAAAGUACAUGAUAUUUACAGAAGUAUACUCAAGGGUACACCGGAUAUUGGGCCUAAGGUUCAGAAAUAUUUUUUAAUCUGUACAUUCCAAACAUUCAGCAUGGAAUUCCAAACACUUAUGUUGUUCGAGGUUGAUCCAGUGGAUUCAGACAAGGUUGUAGGGUGCACACUUUCUGAAGCUUUCCAAACACUAAUACAUUCAGAAAUGUACAAGUUACUGGUUAUACUAAAAGUAAAUGUAUGACAUUAUAACUAUCUUGUUUGCUGAAAUGUUUUUAAUAUAAUUACAAGAUUAUUGAACACGAUUUGCCCAUUCACAAAAUACACCCAUCCUUUCUGAAAUGAUGUAUGAGACCAAAAGUAUGUUUUAACAUCAUAUAUAUAUACUCACCAUUUUGAGGGGGAAGAAAGCGUUCUUUGAGAAAGUGUUUUGGUUGAAGUUUCUGUUAAUUUGGUACAGAUACUACAAAUUAUUCCUCACUUAUAGAAAUUUGUUUUUAAGUUGUGUGCCCUUGCUGAGUGUGAAAAUGUAUUCUAGGAAUUAAUAUUUUCUGGAUGAAAAUAUAAUAUAUCUAAUUGGAUAGCCAUUUCCUGAAAACAAAGUUCUUUCACCAAAACUAGAUUAGGACCAGAAGAUGUUGAAGGCAUUUUGGGGGGGAAUAUGAAAAUAUGGAUGACCAUUUUUUAGAAAUAUGUUUUUAACUUCUGACCCAAAACACUUUUGUCUUAGAAUAAAAAAAUAUAUUUCUAGAAUCUUGCAAAGCAGUACAGAGACGACUUUGCCAUAAAAAAUAGAUACUUUCCUGAAGGAAGUGCUUUUGUACUGAGUCAUGGGACAAUGCAGUGUUGACAAGCUCCUCACAGCGAUAGCCUGUUUGCGGAGCUCUCUAAUACUAUCGCUGUCACCAGUCAAAACUCCCCACUGUGAUAGGUGACCACAACCAUGCUUGGAGUUGAACUCGCAAUCAAAUGACUGUUGUGUUUUCAAACAAGUGACGACUGUCGUGAUGCCGAAUACACUUACCC